AGGAUCAAGCAUUGUUAGAGCUAGCACCGGAUAUCAUGGGAGAAUGCGAUAAUUCUUCCUAAGUUACUUCAUCAACAUCAACCUUUUUACCUCUCCAUUAUUGCCAGCAUGCCUCGAAAUCGACCAGCUACCACCGGUUACGAACGUCUGGCUCAAGCCGACCAAUUCAGCGAUGAAUCGGACGACGAUGUCUUGGCACAGAGCUCUGCCUCUCUCCAACCACAAUCCGCUCCACGAUAUGCACCCGCCACGCAACCACGCCCCCAUUCGGGCAUGACCUCCCCGAAACCCGUCCAAAAGUCCAGAUAUCGUCCAAAGCGAGUUCGAAGCAAUUCCGGUGUUGAUCUAAAAGCUAUCAAUGCGCGUUUGGAACGAUGGGCUGACGAAAUCGCAUCGAAAUUCAAAAGGGGAAAAGGAAGGGGUGGUCCAGGCGAGGAGGAACGUCUAGAAAUUCAUUACAGCGUUUUCCAACCUCCGGAGGGUGUGCGGCCCGCGACUUCAGAGACUCUAGCCGCUAUGCCAGAACCUGCCAUGUCCAAAGACGAGUUCGAAGCCAUAGUAGAAAGCGUGCGUGAUGCUAUUGACCAAGGCAUGCAUCCGAGCAUGAUUACGCAAGGAAGCUCUGGAAGCUAUUUCGCACGAAACACCGAUGGCAAAAUUGUUGGUGUAUUUAAACCGAAAGACGAAGAACCAUACGCAGCAGGGAAUCCCAAGUGGAAUAAAUGGAUUCACAGAAAUCUAUUUCCCUGCUGCUUCGGUCGAGCAUGUUUAAUUCCUAACCUCUCGUACGUGAGCGAAGCGGCGGCCUACGUCCUUGAUUGUCAACUCCGCACCCACAUAGUUCCCUAUACGGACGUUGUUUACUUAUCAUCGAAAUCAUUCCACUAUCCUUAUUGGGACCGACGGAGUUUUUACAGGAAGAGAAAACCCCUUCCGGCUAAGCCAGGGAGUUUUCAAGUCUUUCUUAAGGGGUUUAAAGACGCCAAUGUGUUUUUAAGAGAACACCCUUGGCCGGAUCAAUACUGGUCUAGCCUUCGUUCGAACGAUACCCACCGGCAUAGGCGGAGAAGAUGGGCGGAUAACUGCCGUCCAUCUAGUAGAGCCGCUCGGGACGAUGACAGCGAGAGCGACGACGAAAAUGGCGCAGCAGAGCAACCACCUCUCGGACCGGAUAAUUUUAUGUGGACCGAAUCCUUAAAACAGGCCUUCCGCGAGGAGCUUGAGAAGCUGGUUAUUUUGGAUUACAUUAUGCGAAAUACGGACAGAGGUCUUGAUAAUUGGAUGGUAAAAGUCGACUGGAACACCCAGGCAGUGUCAAUCGCCUCUGAUCCUCCACAACUCAACAUGGAGAUCCCAGAAGAAGAGGAACAACCAGUAAGGCGGGUGGAUUUGCCAGCGAGGAACAAGUCUAGGAGUCCCAAUCCUUAUAAGGCUCAAAAACCCAUGAACGCGGCUAGGACGAGCAAAGUACCGGAUCCCAAAAUGUCACUUGGAGCAAUCGAUAACUCUUUGUCAUGGCCAUGGAAACAUCCCGAUGCAUGGCGAAGUUUUCCGUUCGGUUGGUUAUUCCUCCCAGUUGACCUCAUUGGACGUCCUUUUUCGCAGAAAACCCGAGAUCAUUUCCUCCCUCUGCUCACUUCUACACAAUGGUGGAGCCAAACUUCGCUCGAGCUGCGCAAGGUCUUCCAAAUCGACCCGGAUUUCCAAGAGAAGAUGUUUUCCCGCCAAAUGGCUGUUAUGAAGGGUCAGGCUUGGAACGUGGUUGAAACAUUAAAGACCCCGGACCAUGGCCCGCUUGAGCUGACUCGACGAGCGAGGGUGUGCGUCUGGGAUGACCUUGUGGAAGUUCCCGUUGCAGUGCCCAUGCGCGCCGCUUCCUCGGAGAUGCGUCGUAAAGCUGAGCCUGAGUUCCACAGGGCAAUUGAAGAGGAGAUGGACAUUGGCGCGGCCAAUUCCUCGGCGCCCACUCACCUGGUAGACGAUCUACUUGGACUCUCGAGCCCCUUACCAAAUCCUGGGCGCUUCGAGCUUGCAAGCUCACACGAGCAAUCGCCGGAUCGGACCGAACCGGCUUCAGCCGAUUUCACGCCCAAUGGAAUUGCACAGAAUCCGUUCGAUGCGCUCUCGACGACGGGAUCACCCGCAGCUACACGUCCAAAGCUCUCGCGCCCACCGAGGUCAAGCUAUCAGGGACCACCUCGCACGCAGAUGAAUGCAUAUGCACCGCGUAGGGAGCGUGGGCAUUCGUUUGCGACAGCUGCAAGCACACCUCGAAACGGAGCCUCUAUUGCCACGAAACUAUAUAGCAAUGGAAAUGUAUACGAUGAGGAUGACGAUGAUAUAGAAGGGGACCUAGGAUAUGCUGCGGCAGAGACAAUGGACGGCAACAGGAGGAAAGUGAUUGUGGAGCGCCUCGAAACCGUCAAGGCUAGGAACCCCGUGUUUACUUGGUGCUAAGCACAGAGACAAGAGCCAAGAGAAGUGAGGAUUUGGAAAUUGGGUUGUACGGAUAUGGUGCCACUCCGACUCACUGACUGUAAGACUUCAUUAUAUUCUAGCCCCCGGUGGCUCUACAACGGACAGGAAAGGAAAGAGCACGCGCAGUGGAUAGAAGAAAGGCAUGGGCACGGACACAUGGAAUCGCAUGACCUGUAUGGAUUAGAGGGCGCGCAAAGCCUGGGUACAAGACGAUACAAUACGAUAGAGCAACAACAUAGCAUGGCAAAGUUUGUAAAACAAGAACAAAAUAAUUAUGUUGGUAUUACACUUACGUGGCUGUUAAGCACUUAUGUCUGUAGAUAAAUUGGGAUUUGCUUACUUUGGACAUGGGGUGCGAUAUAUACAUGGGGAUUAUACGUGCGAACCGGCACGACGGAACGGAACCGAGCCUAGCGUAGCAUGAAGUUUCUAGGGUGUAUUAGAUGAUGAAAUUAC